ACCCCCUUGGAAGGUGACGUCUGUCAAAAAGAACCCUCAGAGGACUCGGAAAAGGCGCAGAGACAUCUUGGCUCUGACCAGCUCCGGCCACCCCUUCUCCAACAACUCCUCUCUGGAGCUCCCAGGGAAACCGCCCUCCCUGAACCUAACAGGCGCUGCCCCCAAAGCCCAAACAGAUUUCCGGAUCUUUGAGGACAAAGUGGUGCGGGACCGGACGGUCAUCUCCCAGUUGCGCCACUUCACCGAGUACCGCAUCGACAUCCACGCCUGCAACCACGCCGCCCACACUGUGGGCUGCAGUGCGGCCACCUUUGUCUUUGCCCGGACUAUGCCUGAGCUGGAAGCGGAUAACAUCCCCAGCAACGUCACCUGGGAGCCGGCCAGCAAGAACAGCGUCCUGCUCCGCUGGGAGGAACCCAAGAACCCCAACGGGCUCAUCCUCAAAUACGAGAUCAAGUACAGCCGGGAAAACGAGGAGGUCACCACCGUGGUGUGUGUCUCUCGCCACCGCUACGCCAAAUACGGGGGUGUCCACCUCACCCUCCUGCAGCCGGGGAAUUACUCUGCCAAGGUCCGGGCCACCUCGCUGGCCGGGAAUGGGUCGUGGACUGGACUCAUCAAAUUUUACAUCCUUGGCCCGGCCGAGGAGGAGUCUGGCGGCUUCUACGUGCUGCUCACCGUCAUGCCCAUUGUCCUCAUGGUGGGGAUCACCUGCCUGGUUGUCUUUGUCUUCUUCUACUAUAAGAGAAGGAACAAUGACGGAUACCCGAGCGGCACACUUUAUGCUUCGGUCAAUCCGGAAUACUUCAGCACCUCGGACAUGUACAUCCCGGAUGAGUGGGAGGUGUCGCGGGAUAAGAUCACGGUGAUCCGGGAGCUGGGGCAGGGAUCCUUUGGGAUGGUCUACGAAGGGAUCGCCCAGGGCAUCGAGAAAGAGGACGAGGAGACGAAGGUGGCCUUGAAGACCGUCAAUGAGCUGGCCACCAUGAGGGAGCGGAUUGAGUUCCUGAACGAGGCCUCGGUCAUGAAGGCGUUUAAGUGUCACCACGUGGUCCGUCUCCUUGGCGUGGUGUCCCAGGGCCAGCCAGCCCUGGUCAUUAUGGAGCUGAUGACCCGAGGGGACUUGAAGAGUUACCUCCGCUCUCUCAGACCGGACGCAGAGAACAACCCUGGCCUGCCCCCCCCGUCACUCAAGGACAUGAUCCAGAUGGCAGGGGAGAUCGCCGACGGCAUGGCCUACCUCAACGCCAAGAAAUUUGUGCACCGGGACCUCGCCGCCCGCAACUGCAUGGUGUCGGAGGACUUCACGGUGAAGAUUGGAGAUUUUGGCAUGACCAGAGACAUCUACGAGACGGAUUAUUACCGGAAAGGUGGCAAGGGGCUGCUUCCUGUCCGCUGGAUGUCCCCGGAAGCCCUGAAGGACGGGAUCUUCAACACCCACUCCGACGUCUGGUCGUUUGGGGUGGUGCUCUGGGAGAUCGCCACGCUGGCCGAGCAGCCCUACCAGGGCUUGUCCAACGAGCAGGUGCUUCGCUUUGUGAUGGACAGCGGCAUCCUGGAAAGGCCUGAGAACUGCCCGGAGAAACUCCACGAGCUGAUGAGCUGGUGCUGGCAGCAGAACCCCCGCCAGCGCCCCAGCUUCACCCAGCUACUGGAGAGCAUCAAGGACGACAUGGACCCCAGCUUCCGCAACCUCUCCUUCUUCUACAGCGCCGAGAACAAGCGCCGGGGCUCCUGCGAGCCCUCCGACGUGGAGACGGACAACCUGCUGGAGGAGGAGCCGCCCACCGCCCUGGCUGCCCUGCGCCUCCCUCUUGCCACCAACGGCAGCCCCGGGCCUGCCGUCGCCCCACAGAAAGACCUGAGCUAUCCCAGGAACUGCUGUCACUUGAACGGGGCACCGUACCUCUGA